UAAACUCGUUUGGGGAAAAAAGACGGGUUCCUUUCAGGAAAAAAUGGCAGCUGUUGGCAUCGACAUGCAGAUGGAACUAGAGCCACAAAUAAUUAUUGACGCCGACAUGGAGAGGGAGGCUGAGGGCUUCAAAGAUCAAGGAAAUGCUUUCUACGUCAAGAAGGAUUAUUCUGAGGCAUUUAACUACUACACAAAGGCCAUUGAUGCAUGUCCUAAAAACGCCAGUUACUAUGGAAACCGGGCGGCCACCCUCAUGAUGCUGUGCCGCUUCCGAGAGGCCCUGGUGGACUCCCAGCGGGCCGUGCGGCUGGACGACUGUUUCAUGAAGGGCCAUCUGCGAGAGGGCAAGUGUCACCUGUCUCUUGGCAAUGCCAUGGCAGCCAGCCGCUGCUUUCAGAAGGUCCUGGAACUGGAGCCCAGCAACAGCCAGGCACAGCAGGAGCACAAAAAUGCCACAGCAGUACUGGAGUACGAACGAAUGGCAGAACUUGACUUCGAAAAGAGGGAUUUCAGAAAGGUGGUGUAUUCUAUGGACAAGGCCCUGGGAUUGGCAUCCACCUGCCAUCGCUUCAAAAUCCUCAAGGCUGAGUGUUUGGCACUACUGGGUCGCUACCUAGAAGCCCAGUCUGUGGCCAGUGAUAUAUUGAGGAUGGACUCGACUAACGGAGACGCUCUGUACGUGCGUGGCCUGUGUCUGUACUACGAGGACUGCAUCGACAAAGCUGUGAAGUUCUUCGUGCAAGCACUGCGCAUGGCCCCAGACCACGAGAAGGCUCGGCUAGCUUGCAGAAAUGCCAAAGCUUUGAAAGCCAAGAAGGAGGAGGGAAACAAAUUGUUCAAGGACAGCAACUUUGAGGCAGCCUACCGGCUCUACUCGGAGGCCCUGGCGAUAGACCCCAACAACAUCAAAACCAACGCCAAGCUCUACUGCAACAGAGGCACCGUCGGGGCUAAGCUGAAUAAACCUGAUCAAGCAAUCGAAGAUUGCACAAGUGCAAUAAAGUUGGACGACACAUAUAUCAAGGCCUAUUUGAGACGAGCCCAGUGUUAUAUGGACAUCGAACAGUAUGAAGAAGCUGUACGGGACUAUGAAAAGGUCUACCAGACGGAGAAGACAAAAGAACACAAGCAUCUCUUGAAGACGGCUCAGUUGGAACUGAAGAAGAGCAAGCGGAAAGAUUACUACAAGGUUCUGGGGGUGGGAAAGAAUGCCACAGAAGAUGAGAUUAAGAAGGCCUAUCGGAAACGGGCCCUCAUGCACCACCCAGACCGUCACAGUGCGGCCACGCCAGAGGUACAGAAGGAGGAGGAGAAGAAAUUUAAAGAGAUGGGCGAGGCCUUUACUGUGCUCUCUGACCCCAAGAAGAAGACUCGCUAUGACUGCGGCCAUGACCUGGAGGAGGACAGCAAUAAUAUGGGGGAUUUCAAUGCCAACAACAUCUUCAAGACUUUCUUUGGAGGCCCAGCAGGAGGAUUCAGUUUUGAAUCCAAUCAAAACCAAGCACCUGGAAAUGUGUUUUUCCAGUUUGGCUAGAAAUGAAGAAUGCCAUUGGGAAUGCUGUAGCCCUGUGGUGGACAAUAUUAAGUUGGAUGCACCCUCACAACCUGAUUUUUAUGCUCCCAAUGUUUUUUGCAAAAUGUUGCUUUCACAUGCUAAAAAGACACUCGGUGUUGUUAUCUGAGCGAGAGAUGGUGCUCAUCAUGCUUGGCAUCUUCCUAAAAUAUUUUUGGCUGUUGCCACCACAUUUGACUAUCCUCUUCAAAUUCAAACUGACAGGGUGACUUUUUGGUAGGUUUAGUAACUAAGAACGUAACAAAUUAAAUAGUUUAAAGGUUAUUUGAGAAGGGGGUUUUGGAAAAACUUGAAUCCUCAGGAAAUUGGCUUGAUUCUCUUUUGUGAGUAUUUGUCGCAAAGCAUGUUUUGAAGGCGUGAAAUAGGAGUCCUGUUGCCAAAAUAUAUAUUUCAUUGCUUGAAUGGAAAAUGUUUCCUGUACCUGGAGCAAGUAGAGCUUUGUAAAUGAACACAUGGGAGUGCAACUCUGUUGUUAGUUUUAGUAGGUCGCAUUAGUUUUUCAUUCACACCACAUAGAGGUCGCCCCGAAACACAAAGUUGGCAUGGGAAUCAUUUGGCAGUAAAGCAGAAACUGACCUUAGGGCAGAGCCUAGGAACUACUUCAGUCCCAUGUAGAAUGAGGCAUGGUUUUCAUUUGUUGGAUUUUCCUGCAGACUCAAACUACAGUUUCAUGUUAGUCUCCAUUUUACUCAUUGAUGUAUUGUGCAUUUUACUGGCAUGUUUUAAGUCUUUUGUGCUCCUAAUUUGAUUUGAGAUUUUGUUCAGUUCUCUUAAAUGUAUUUAUUUAUUGUAUAUUCAAACUGUAUCCAUCUCUUGAUUUCUAAUGUUUUCUAUUAAAUAGGAUGUAAAAAAACAACAACAUAUCCUUGACCCACGUCCUCCUUGGGACUUAAAACGAUUCUUCUGUUAUUUCUGGGUCCAAAAUCAAUGUAUGUAAAGUUUUGACCUUAAUAGAUCUAAUUUUCUCCAUGUGGUUUUCUAGCAUUGCUUUGCCCCCAUAAUACGAUACAUCCGGUUUCAACUCCCAAGUAAACAUUUGAAACUUCAGCGGACAGUUUCUAACUCUGGUCCAGGCUAAGUACAUGUUCCUCUACAAACUAGUAGAUGUUAGAUGUUGGCUUGCGUGCAAAUGUUCAUUUUGUCCAUCUUUUUAUUGAACCUUUUAUUUAACUAGGCAAGUCAGUUAAGAACAAAUUCUUGUUCAG